AUGCGAUGCAUUUGCUGCCUAAAACCAUCGGUGGAGUGUGCCAACGAUGUUCGAAUAACACCGACAAAAAUCGUGGAAGGUCCUAUAACGGAAGAGGAAGAUUCUCGGAUUCCACUAACAAAGAAACAAAAAUAUGUGUUAACUAAAAACUGGAAAGGCAUUGCGCGCGAAGUCAGCGUCGCGGGUGUUGAAAUGUUCUUGAAGUAA